CUUGUCAGCAACCUUUGACCUGUAAACAUGGCGCAACUUGUGAACCCAGAUCUGGCACGAGAGAGGAGCCGGGUCAGUUUUGACGUAGAAAAGCUGACCAAUGUGUUGUAUGGUGGUCCUGAUGGAGUAAAGCGAAAGAGAAGAAUCGAGUCUUUAGCGCUGACGGACCCAGACUAUGAGCACGAGGAUUUCAACUACCUGUCCAGGGAAGAACAGUAUGCCAACAUGUUGAAGAAGUCUCUUAUGGCGGCCAAGAAGGCCAAAGAGCUUGGGUUAAGUGGAAAAGACAUGGAUGACUACAUGACGUAAGUACUUUCUCUAUAAUUCAAGUAAUCACUUUUUAAACAUUUCAAAAUUCAAAAGGUGCUGAAAGUUUUUGCCAAAGUCGGUUAUAUGAGAUUAUCACAUAGAUAAAUAGGAAAAGAACCUCAAAUAGACCAUGGAGUUGCUACAGUUCUAGAAAGCAAACUAUUUUUUUUGUACAAUAUCUCUUUUUCUAUUUCUACAAAUAAUGCCUUCUUUUUUUCUUGUACAAAGAAAACUUAUUCAAAUGCAAUUCAAUUCUCUGCAACUGAAUAAAAUAUGGAGAUUUACUUCUCUACCUUUCAAGUGACAUCCAUCACUCUUCUUCAAUGUCAAGAGGAUGAACUGGCAGAAACAAUUCGAAGAGGAUAGAUGGACGUCACUCGAAAUGUCCGGAAGUAAAUCUUUGUUUUUUUAUCCAGUCGUAGAAAUUGAACUGUACAAAAUGUAUUUCAUUAUUGUUUACCUGGAUGUCUAAGCUUAAUAAACAUAUAUUAAAAAAAAACUUAUCUUUCACUGAGUUCAGCAAGGUUACUUUAGAAAGAGACUAGAGUGAGACUAUGAUAUGGGUUUUAUAUUUGCUAUGAUAAUCCCAUUCUUUAGCUUCAAUGGUAUUUUGCUAAAUUUUAUGAUAAGGCCACAGCAAGUAAAUUUUAUGGAUGACAUCCUC